AGCUGCUGAGCGCCGGCCCCACCGAGCCCUGGUCCAUCCGCGAGAAGCUCUGCCUGGCCUCGUCCGUCAUGCGCAGCGGCGACCAGAACUGGGUCUCAGUCAGCAGAGCGAUCAAACCUUUUGCAGAGCCAGGACGCCCACCUGACUGGUUUUCCCAGAAGCACUGUGCCUCUCAGUAUUCAGAGCUCUUGGAGACUACGGAGACCCCUAAGAGAAAACGUGGUGAGAAGGGAGAAGUUGUGGAAACCGUGGAGGAUGUUAUUGUGCGGAAACUGACUGCAGAACGAGUUGAGGAGUUGAAGAAAAUGAUUAAAGAAACACAGGAGAAAUACAGGCAACUCAAGAAGGAUGCAGAGCUGAUCCAGGCCGGACACAUGGAUAACAGACUGGAGGAGCUGUGCAAUGAGAUUAUGAUAAAGAAAAAACUGGAAGAGGAGGAAGCGGAAGUCAAGAGGAAGGCUACAGAUGCUGCUUAUCAGGCUCGUCAAGCCAUUAAGAAUCCACCACGACGAUUAACAGGUGUGAUGGUUCGCUCCCCUGCAGGCUCAACCUCCCCAGGGGGAGAAUAUGCUCUGGGAGAUCUGUCUCAGCCUGCUGUGGACGAGGCCAGUCCAGGGGUCACUCCUGGAACAUUGCCCAGCACCCCGGUUGCCUCCUUUAUUGGAAUCCCUGACACCCCUCCAGGUUCUGCUCCCCUGGAUGCCCCCAUGACCCCAGUCACUGAUGAGUCACCCCAGAAAAAGAUGCUAGGACAAAAAGCAACUCCGCCUCCUUCCCCUCUGCUCUCAGAGCUGCUGAAGAAGGGCAGUCUCCUGCCCACAAGCCCCAGGCUGGUCGGUGAAAACGAAGUGACAGUGGCUUCUGGUCACAUCAACAGUUCGGGAGUGCUGCUGGAGGUAGGAAGCGUCCUUCCAGUGCUGCACAGUGGGGAAAUGCAGUCGGCACCUGGUGCUGUCCCUGCAUCUCCUGCUGCUUCAGAGCCUGUGUCCCAGGCAACCAUUGUCAUGAUGCCCACGCUGUCAGCACCAGCCGUUGUGCCACCAGCUGCAGCUCCAGAAAGCGUAGCCACAGUGAGCCAGCCAGAAGCCUGUGUUUCUUUGGAGGCAGUGUCUGAUGCCCAUACCGUGACUGUGUCCAUGGACAGCAGUGAAAUAUCCAUGAUCAUUGAUUCCAUCAAGAAAGAGUGCCUGGGUUCUGGGGCUGGCAGCACUGCAGAGUCUUCCAAAGAUCACUGCAUGGAUGGGAAGGAAGACCUGGAUUUGGCUGAGAAAAUGGAUAUUGCAGUGUCCUAUACAGGGGAAGAGCUGGACUUCGAUACUGUUGGAAAUAUUAUAGCCAUCAUUGAGGACAAGGUGGACGAUCAUCCUGAAGUCCUGGAUGCAGCAGUUGUUGAAGCUGCUCUGUCUUCUUUCUGCGAAGAUAACGAUGACCCUCAGACCCUGCCUGGCCCGUGGGAACACUCAAUUCGUCAGGAGCAUGAGAAACAGGCCCAGAUACCCCAAGUGUCUGUGACUGUGAAGCAAGAGAGACUGGAGUGUGAGGAGCCAGAGGCAAAGGGAAUUCGAGACCUAAUGGGCAUUGGCGAGCUGGGAUCAGAAAUAAAGACAGAACCUGCAGAGCAGGAGCAGAAUCAGCUGGGCCCUGAGGAAACCAUACCAGCAACUGCAAGAGUGACAGAAGAGAUAGAAGAGGAUCAAAGAGCAGCUAUAACAGCAGGAGAGACUUCUGAAAUUGAGAUAGAGUCGUCCAAGGGAGAAGACACAGUGCACAACACAGUGAAGACAGAGACCCCACCUGAUGAUGAUUCAUCCCCUCCACAAGUCCCAAAUGUGAGUGAAGACUCCUCACAGGCUGAUGUUCAGCACAAAUUUGAGCUGUCAGAGUCAAUGAAGGAGGAAGCCCAAGCCCUGUUUAGGAGUCAGAUGAAGGAUGGGCAGGGUGAAGAGGAUGAUGAGGAUGGUGCCAGUGAGGCUGCCAGUUUGGAGGAACCCAAAGAAGAAGAUCAGGGUGAGGGAUAUCUAUCAGAGAUGGAUAACGAACCCCCUGUGAGUGAGAGCGAUGAUGGCUUCAGUGUCCACAAUGCACCUUUACAGUCUCACGCACUAGCUGACUCCAUCCCCAGCAGCCCAGCCUCCUCGCAGUUCUCAGUGUGCAGUGAGGACCAGGAAGCAAUACAGGCCCAGAAGAUCUGGAAGAAAGCCAUCAUGCUAGUUUGGAGAGCAGCAGCUAAUCACAGGUACGCCAAUGUCUUCCUGCAGCCUGUAACUGACGAUAUAGCGCCAGGCUACCACAGUAUUGUGCAGAGGCCAAUGGAUUUAUCUACCAUUAAAAAGAACAUUGAGAAUGGGCUGAUACGAACCACAGCUGAGUUUCAGCGUGAUAUUAUGCUGAUGUUUCAAAAUGCAGUUAUGUACAACAGCUCUGACCACGACGUGUACCACAUGGCCGUGGAGAUGCAGCGAGAUGUCCUGGAGCAGAUCCAGCAAUUUCUGGCCACGCAACUGAUCAUGCAAACAUCAGAGUCAGGGAUCAGUGCAAAGAGCCUGCGUGGGCGAGACUCCACUCGAAAGCAAGAUGCCUCGGAGAAGGACGGAGGCACCAGAGGGCGUCGCUGUGCCAUCGAGGCAGACAUGAAGAUGAAGAAAUGAUGCUGCAGGCAGACAGCAAAUCCCAGCGCCUGGCAUCCAGAGCUGGGGUGCAAGCAAGAUGUAGUUAACAGCUGUUGGAGGAGGAAGAAAAGCUGCAGGUCCAUUUCUGGGACCUGCUCCACCUUCUUCGCUUGCCCCUCUGGAAAGCAGUGUCUCGUCAGAAUGUGUAACCCAAAGAAACUUCCCCAGAGGGGAAGACUAGCCCCCCUGCCUGUUUUAGGGCAGUCGUCUUGGGCUUCAUCAGUGUUCUGGUGUUAGCUAGCAACUGGUGGCUCGUAUGUACUGUAAUGUGAAGUGUACAGAUUUUUACUAGUGAUGUGUAAAUGUGUAUGUAUAUUAAAGUCUGGG